GCAGUACUACACCCAAUCUGAACACUUAAAGCAUGGCCACUCGUCGCGUCCCCUACGUUCGUGUGGGUAAUUCUGGUCUGAAAGUGUCUCGACUCAUCCUUGGGUGCUUGAGCUACGGCUCGCCCAAGUACCAGAAUUGGAUUCUGGAAGAGGAAGAGGCUAUCAAGCAGAUCAAGUUUGCAUACGAUGCUGGUAUUCAGACGUUCGAUACUUCCAACGUCUAUUCAAAUGGACUCAGCGAGAUCGUCUUGGGCAAGGCCAUCAAGACACUUAGUCUCCCCCGCGAAGAAAUCGUGAUAAUGACAAAGUUAUUCUUCCCUGUUCACCGCGAGGUCGGCGGGCAGUUUCAGGGCAAUUUGGUCCAAGCUGACCGCGAGGGCUACGUCAAUCAAUGGGGCCUGAGUAGAAAGAAUAUUUUCGCGAGCGUGAAGGCUAGCUUAGAACGUCUCGGUGUCGACUAUAUCGAUAUAUACCAAUGUCAUCGCUUCGAUCCCAACACACCCAUAGAGGAGACGAUGCAAGCCCUGCACGACGUCGUCAAAGCGGGCCAUGUGCGCUACAUCGGCAUGAGCUCUUGUUAUGCCUGGCAGUUCCAUAUGAUGCAGAACUACGCCAUAACCCACAACCUUACACCAUUCAUCUCCAUGCAGAACCACUACAACAUCCUUUACCGCGAAGAAGAACGUGAGAUGAUGCCAACACUCAAGCACUUUGGCGUCGGUUCCCUUCCUUGGAGUCCCCUCGCUCGCGGUGCCGCCGCCCGUCCAUACAAAGACCAACAACGUACUGCUCGUGCUGACGCCGACUUCUUCAUGUCGCCUGAUCUGUAUCUGAGUGAAUGGUCUGGCGGUAAGGCGAUCGUGGACAGGGUCGAGGAAAUAGCGAAGAAGAAAGGCGUGACAAUGGCUCAGGUGUCGCUUGCAUGGGUUCUUGCGCAAGACGCUGUGAGCGCGCCCAUUGUUGGCGCCACAUCUACGGAGAGGCUGCUGGAUGUGAUAGGUGCUCUCGACGUGAAGCUUUCCGAUGAGGAAAUACGUUAUUUGAAGGAAGCAUACCGUCCACUGCCAAUAAUCGGGCAUGUCUAGGCUCCUAUGUCCCAGUACAAUGGAGGGCGCUUGUACCAAAUUGUGCCCAUGGAGGUCACACGGACAGCGAAUAGACAGUUUUUGUGCCUGAUAU